AUGGCAACCCCCUUCGCCCAAAAAUGGGCCCGCUUCAUUCCUAUGAUCGGGUACCACCACGUUCUCAUGAUCAUUAUUGCAGUUGCAAUUAUCCUAUUAUCACUCUUGUUGGCCGGAUGCUCUUCAUCAUCUCCACAGAUCCCCAACAUCUUCCUAAUCUCGCUAUACUAUGAAAAGUACAACCCUAUUCGGGAUCUCGCACAAGUGCAGCCAGACGUUGCCACCGCCAUCUCGAACAUUGUCGGUGGUGCAGAAUUGGAAGUUCGGGUGGGAUACUUUGGUAUCUGUGUUCAGCCCGAUAGAGGCUCAUUCAUCUGCAAUGCCAAUGCGACAGCUUUGGCUGAGAUUGUCACUGUGGACCAAGACCCACUCAACUUGAUCUGGGUUGCGUCGACAUUUAAGGAUGCCGUUGUGUUCCCGUACCUCCUCAUUGUCGCCGUCAUUCUUGCGUUCUUCUGCUUCAUCCUUCUCGCUACCUUCCCCGGCUGGCACGAGGAGGUUGAUGACUCUGGAUCGGAGCGCGAAGUCAAGCCCUUUCCCUCGCGACCCGUGUCUCAGGCUGCGCUCGCACUGAUCUUCGUCUCAUCUGUAUUUGUUCUUGUCUCUGUACUAUGGCAGCACACGGCCUCUGUUGCAGCAAGUACCAUCGCACAAGAUAUGGGCAACGGCAGUGUCAAAAGUGGCGUCGGAUCCUCUGCCAUGGUAUUAGGGUGGUUCGGCUUCGUCUUACUAGUGAUUGUGACGGUCGGACUCCUGGUCAUGAUAUUGAGCAUCAGCCUGAUCCGAAAGUUGACCGAUGAUGAAUGA